UGGAUGUGUGGGGUGGGGAACCGAAAGUAAGGGACCGGAGCCAGCGGGGAAAAGGAGCUGGACCGUGGAAAAUACACCGUAUAGCAGUCUCCAGUUUUAAGCUAAAUACGUUGAACGAAUGAGUAUUUUUCGGGGCUGCUCGGCGUGCUGCUUUUGUGAACAGUGGAUGCCAAUUUAGGUGUGGAUUAAUGCGGCCUGCCACUGGCAGUUCUGGACAUUCAGGUAUGCAGUAGUUAGACAAUCUGAAUGAUAAAGCUAUUUUGAUCUACUUACAUCGCUGUCAACUUAUGGAAAGACAAUAACUUAAGACAUUGCCGGCUGGUCUGGGCGGAGCGAUGGCCGGCUGGUGCUCCAUCGCUGCCACCUUUCGGCCCGCCGCCAGCUGCCAGUGACACACACCCACCAGCCAGCCGGGCGGUCAGACCAUGUCGCACUCGCUGCUGGAGGGCAAGCCCUUUUUCUGCCGCCAGUGGGCGUUCACCAAGAUCGCGCAAUGUCUGCAGCACAAGCAGAGCAAGCUGGGCGGAGCGCUGGUGGUGGGCGGCAUCGGCUCCGGCAAGUCGGCGCUCUGUAGCGAGCUGGUGCGGCCGACUGCCGCCACCGGCCGCCAGCUCUCGCUGCACGCCCGCUUGCUGGGUCACCACUUCUGCCGCGCCGACGAUGCCGCCUCGCUGCGCAUGGCCGGCUUCAUCGGCCGGCUCGUGGAGCAGCUCUCGCGCUCGCCCCUGCUGCCCGGCUACGCCGAGAAGCUGCGCGACCCGGACGUGCAGGAGGUGCUGACGCCCGUGUUCUGCGACCGUCAGCCGGACGAGGCACUGCGGCGCGCCGUGCUCUUCCCACUGCUGGAGCUGGACGAGCCGGCCCAGCCGCUGCUGCUGCUGGUCGACGCCGUGGACGAUACGCACCAGGCGGUGGGCGGCGGCGGUGGCCGGUCCGGCAGCCGCAGCCUGGCCGAGCUGCUGGCCAGCCACCAGCACCUGCUGCCGCGCUGGCUGUUGCUUGUGGUCACGGCACGCCGCCACAGCCGCGAGGUUACGCGCCUUUUCGCCGGCUUCAGGAAGAUCGUGUUGGACGAUCUGCGGAAGGCGAAUGUGGUGACGGACCUGCAGCAGUACAUCCUGAGCCGGCUCGAGCGGGAGCCGGCGCUGCGACAACACCUCAGCAACGAAACGGCCGAGAUGCUCAACCAGCUGCAUAUCAAGAGCAACGGUUGCCUUCUGUACCUGGAGAAGGUGCUCAACGGCGUGGCCGAGGGCUUCAUCCUGCUGCGCGAGGUGCGCGAGAUCCCGGGCACGCUCAACGGCCUCUACUUAUGGCUCAGCCAGCGGCUCUUCACCAAGAAACACUUCCACAAGGCGCUGCCGGUGCUGAACGUGCUGCUGGCCGCCCUGCGGCCGGUGUCGGAGCAGACCAUCUUCGAGUGCGUGCGCCUGAAGCACACGGCCGUGACGCGUGACGACUUCGAGCGCCGGCUGGCCGUGCUGGCGCGUCUCACCGUGAUCACGCCGGAUGGCGCCAAGCUGCUCUUCCACCACAGCUACGCCGAGUGGCUCACCGAUGUCAAGUACUGCACGCAGCGGUUCCUCUGUCGGCGGGACGUGGGCCACGGCAUGCUGGCCGCCUGGCUGCUGCGGCGCGCCCGCCAGCUGGCGCCUGACGAGGUGCAGCAGCUGGCGGUCCACCUUGUGCGCAUGUCGGCCGAGCCGCCGCGGCCGGCGCCGCUGCCUCUGCUGCUGCUCUGGUCGGGCGCUGAGGUGGAAACGUGCCUGCAGGACGGCCAGCCGGACGACGCGGCGGCGCUGCAGCUGCUGGAGGAGGCCGGCGCCGAGCCGGCGCCCGUCUGCCACGCCUCCGACAGCCGACAGGCCAGUGUCGAGCCGGAGCCAAGGGCAGGGCCCGGACACGGUUCCGAAGCCGACUCGGCCUCGGAGCCCGGACUAGAGUCGGCGUUAGGGUCGGAGCGCGGGCUGGAGUCGGUGUUGGAGUCGGUGUCGGAGCCGGGACUGGAGCUGGUGUCAGGGCUGGCGGCCGAGCCCAGUCCGGAGCCGGAGCCGGACGACGACGGCCAGCUGCUGCAGAUGUACCUGACGGAGGGCGAGCCGGCCGACGGCGCGGCCGAGGAGGCGCUGCUGCUGUCGGCCGCGCAGCAGGGCGACAGCAGCCUGGUGACGCUGCUGCUGCGGCGGCGGCGCGUCUCCUGCGAGUGCGUCGACGACGCCGGCCAGUCGCCGCUCACCGUGGCCGCGCGGCAUGGCCACGCCGACGUGGUGAGCACCCUGCUGGAGGCGGGCUGUGACGCCGACCGUCCGGACGCCGACGGGUGGACGCCGCUGCGCUCCGCCGCAUGGGCCGGCCACACACCUACCGUGCAGCUGCUGCUGACGGCCGGUGCCGCCGUCGACAGCGUGGACGCCGAGCGGAGGACGGCGUUGCGCGCCGCCGCUUGGGCCGGACACGACGACAUCGUGUCGGCCCUGCUGGCCGCCGGCGCCGCCGUUAAUGGCGACGACCGCGAGGGCCGCACGGCCCUCAUCGCCGCCGCUUACAUGGGCCACGUGGAGAUCGUGCAGCGGCUGUUGGACGGCGGCGCCGACAUCAACCAUGCCGACGCCGACGGCCGGACGGCGCUCAGCGUAGCAGCGCUCUGCGUGCCCGCCUGCGAGGGCGCCGGCCGCGUGGUGGCGCUGCUGCUGGAGCGCGGCGCCGACGUCAACCACCAGGACAAGGAGGGCAUGACGCCGCUGCUGGUGGCAGCCUUCGAGGGGCACAGGGACGUGUGUGAGCUUCUGCUGGAGGCAGAUGCAGACGUGGACCACACGGACGCGGCCGGGCGGUGCGCGCUGUUCGCCGCCGCCUCCAUGGGUCACCACCAGGUGGUGCGAGUGCUGCUGUUUUGGGGCUGCUACUGCGACAGCAUCGACCCGGAGGGGCGCACAGUGCUGAGCGUGGCCGCUGCGCAGGGCUGCCUGGAGACGGUCCGACUGCUGCUGGACCGCGGUCUGGACGAGGCGCACCGCGACAACUGCGGGUGGACCCCGCUCCACUACGCCGCCUACGAGGGCCAGGCAGACGUGCUGGACGCGCUGCUCGACGCUGGGGCCAAGGUCAACGACGUGGACAACGACGGCAAGCACGCGCUGAUUCUGGCGGCGCAGGAGGGCCAUGUGUCGGCCUUGGCGGCGCUGGUGGAGCGGGGCGCCGACGUCAACCUGCGCUCGCACGACGGCAAGACGGCGCUGCGCAUGGCCGCGCUCGAGCGCCACAAGGACGUGGUGCACUACCUGGUGUGCAACGGUGCCGACCCCAGCUAUCGGGACAUGGACGGCCGGAGCACGCUUUACCUGCUGGCGCUCGACAACCGCGUCUCGAUGGCCGCCUUCCUGCUGGAGAGCGGCGCUGACGUGGAGAGCCGCGACCUGGAGGGGCGCACGGCGCUGCACGUGAGCGCCUGGCAGGGCCACCAGGAGAUGGUGCGCCUGCUGCUGCAGCGCGGCGCCGACCCGGACGCCGUCGACGCUGAGCGCCGCACGCCGCUGAUCGGCGCCGCCUGGCAAGGUCGGCCGGCCGCGGUGCGCGCGCUUCUGGCGCACGGCGCCACCGUCGACCACACGUGCAGCCAGGGCGCCACGGCGCUCUGCAUUGCCUCCCAGGAGGGCCACUUGGAGUGCGUGCGCGUGCUGCUCGACCACUUCGCCGACCCGAAUCACUCGGACGUGCACGGCCGCAGUGCUCUGAAGGUAGCACUUAAGGGCCGCCACGAACAGGUAGUGCGGCUGUUGGAGGAGUACGGCGCCACGGGCGCGGCGGCGCCGCCGCCGCUGCCGCCCUGUCACGCGAGCAACAGCAGCACCUCGAUGAACUCGUCGUCGACGGCCGAGACGAAGCCGAGCAGCGCUGUACUGUGCGGCUCGUCGCCGACAGGCUCGCCCUCCUCCACCUUCGAGAAGCACCAGUCGUAUGUGUCGCUGUGUAACAACUCGCACUCCAAGUCGAGCAGCAACCUGACCAGCUCCACGGGCAAGUCGUCGCAGACGUCGCAGCCGGCGCUGGACGUGUCGCCGUCGCCGUCGGGCGCUGUGCAGGCCGGCGGCAGCCUUUCCUUCACGCAUCCGCACGCCCACCUGCCGCUCAUCUACGCCGACCCGCGCGACUCGCGGCCCGCGCCGUCCGCCUCCGUCCCCUUCACCUUCAACCAGAACGAGCACAUGCGCAUUAUUCUGGGCACUAAGUCGGCAUCGGUCGAGAGCAGGCCUCGCCGUGGUCUCGUGGCGGCGGCCAACUCCGGUCUGAAGGCCGGCCUGGGACUGCGCUCCCGCGUGGCCACGCCCACCAAGCCGCGGCCAGCGGUGCUCGGCGCCGACGGCUCGAACGGCUUCCACGUGCGCCGCGAGACGCCGCUAUAG